UACAAUUGCGCGAAAUGCCCUGACGAUUGGAGGAAUUGUUACGAGGCAUCGCUGUUACUAUCGAUAUUCGCUCGGACAGGCAGAUCAGUAUAUCGAUAUCCCCGUGCGUCGCUGUUCCCGAGAAUCCCGAGGGAGAAGAUAAGAGGAGUGAGCAGUCGAUGACGCUGAUGACGCUGUGUCGUGAAUCGUGCGAACGCAAAAUAUAACCUCUCCGGCGCGUAAGAUGCGCCAGCUUUUGUCGGUCCAGUCAGAGACACCACUAUUUCGAGAAACCUGAUCUCGCCUGGCUGCGUGCUCCACACGCGUUUGUGCGUCCCACGGUCAAACAAUUCCGUCUCCGCGAUCCUCGUCGACCGCUCAUCAUGAAAGUGAUCGUGAAGAAGCUGCAGGGGAAAGAGUGCGUCGUUGACAUAUUGCCGUCAGAGACAGUGUUGGAGUUAAAACACAAAGUGAGCGAUCUCUUGGGCAUUGAUGUACCACAGCAAAGAUUAUUACUCACUGGCAAGACUUUAGCGGAUGAAAAUCCGCUGAGUUUUUAUCCGGGAAUAAAAGAUGGCAGUAAGUUAAAUCUUUUGGUGAUCAAGAAGGCAGAGGAAGGCUCCAGCGAGGCGAGAUCUUUGCCCCAACAGAAAGCCGGUAUCCAUCUGCUGAGAGAAGAGGUCUCACGGGUGCUUAGGCAUUAUUAUACAGUAUCCGAGACCGAGUCCAUAGUCAAUGAGCUGAUAAAGGACUUGAAAAAUAAAGUGAAUAAUCUUAGUUACGAUGAUCUAGAGAGACUAGCCACUGCGUUACUCCAGGACCAAGAGAACGUAGCUUAAGGAUCA